AUCAUUAUCAUCAUUCCAUUGAUGUUCAUCUUAUGAUAAGGUGUUGACUGCUAUUGAUCAUGUUCCUCACCGCCCACCGUGGCACCCUACCAGCCUUUGCUUUAUAUCUUUACUUUUACUAUACCUUCCAUCCGCCAUGGCCGCUUCAACCCUUUCCAACUCAACUAUUCUCUCUAUCUCUUCUUUAUCAACAGCUACCUAGGGUUUGCUAUCAAGUUAUGACAAGUGAAUUUGGAGACUCCUUUUGUUCGAAUUUCACUUCAUUUUUUGUUUAACGAACCAGAAGAUAUUAAUCUAUUGUCAGAUCUCUUCUUUUUCUAAGGCCUUAGGAGGAAUUUGUGUAUAAUUUGAUCGAUCCGGAAGACAUAUAAUUCGAUCCAAACAAAAGUUGCAACGAUUAUGAGUGAGUUAAACAAUUCGAGUUUUAGAGAAUCAGAUCUUACGCCAAAGGAAGAAAGCACGAAUGGUGGUAAGAAUAGCUCUAGACCUAAUUUGAGUACAUCAUCAUGGACAAAAUUGAAAGAUCCAAGAAUUGUCCGAGUUUCGAGAGCUUUUGGUGGGAAAGAUCGGCAUAGUAAAGUUUGUACGGUGAGAGGAUUGAGAGAUAGACGCGUUAGGCUAUCAGUACCAACUGCUAUUCAAUUGUAUGAUCUUCAAUACCGGCUCGGGCUUGAUCAACCUAGUAAAGCUGUUGAUUGGUUGCUCGAUGUAGCGAAACAUGAAAUUGACGAACUCCCCCCUCUCCAAAUGCCAACUAGUUUCACGCAAGAUCUUCAAUCGAUGAUCAAUGCUAGUUCGCAAUCGGAAACUCUUGAAGGGGUUAAAACAAGUAGUAGUGGUAUCAAUUGGGAGGAUUAUUGUAAUCCUAAUAAAUCUAAGGGAAAAGAUCAUUUCCUUGCUCAAUCAAGUGACCAAUCUUCAUCAGUACCAAUUAUGUUCAACAAUGUGGUGCCAAAUGGUUCUUUCCUCAAUUUGAAUCCUUCAAAUUUGUCUUUGUCACAAUUCGGAGGCUUUCGAUCAAUGUCAUCUCAUCAACAAGAAGACACAAGUCAUAACUUCAACAUUAACGUGCCGGGAUCUCAACUUCUUGUGUACCCACCUCCAUCUCAUGACCCUAACUCGAGAUAUCAAUUUGAUCCAAAGCAACUAAACUUCGAGUUGUUGAGCUCCUCGUCUUCGAGUUCACAUAUCCCAUUUGCUUCACCUAUAUACACAAUAAACCAAGGGAUGAUCAGGCCUUUCCAUUUGAGUAUGAACCCCAAUUCUCUUUCUGAAGAAAAUGAGCAAGAUAAAGGAAAUUGAUGAGCACCCUUUAUAGUGCCAUCAAGUUAUUUUAUAUGAUUGAGAGAAACAUGUGUAUGUACUUAUCUAAUAAGAAGACUGACUUGUGGUGUGUUUUCUAGUUCAUUUUGUUAACUCAAUUAUAAUGGAGAAUCUCAAGAAAUGGAAAAGGUUGCAGCUUGUACUUUCAAGUGGUAAGAAUCUUGAUUUUUCACUCCCUAAAUAUACAAGUAAUAUCCAGCAGUACGUUAUACAAUACACUAUUGUACCAUAAAGAACUCAUAGAUUUGUUUUUGUUUGCC